AAACAGAACAAUGUGUUGCACUUGAAUAGGUCAUCUGCGUUUCCAUUUUUAGCGUACAGCUCUCAAAAUGCUAAAUUUGGUUUUGAGUUCCAUGUUUUUAUGAUACUUACGUUUGGAAAUGUAUGUACUUAUGUAAAUUACAUCUGGCAAUUCACACAAAUGUCGUACAUAUCCGAUGAAUGGCAGGUAGCUCGGCGUCGAAAAGGUGUAUGUAGGAAAUUUAAAUCUCAUCAAGUUCCUCUAAACUCACCAUCAUGCCAUCAGGAGCAACUGGAUGUUGGAAAACUCAUCAGAAGAAUCAGAGACAACAUGUUUGAACUAAAGUACGAAGAUUUUUGGAAAGACUGGAAUGAGAAUUUCCAGGCAGCAGCAGCAUCCCUAAAACCUCCAGGGGACAGUGACACUGAAAAUCAGCUGGAAAAAGCCCCAGAAGAAACACUGAUGUGUGUUUGUUAUGGUCUUGGGUCUUUUUCUUCAUGUGUAGCCGCUCGCUACCAACUUGCCAUGUUGCUGCUUCUUCUGGAUGCGAGACAGAUUUUACUGCGGGACUGCUAUGUUUAUGAUCCUGCCUUCUCCUUUGCUGAAAAGAAUGUCUUAAGAGAGCUGGGUUUGACUGUACUCACAGAAAAUGAGGAGGGGAAGCGUUUGGCCACAAAACCCACUCUCUUUUAUCUAAUGCACUGUGGAAAAGCCCUUUACAACAACCUCCUGUGGAAGAACUGGAGCAUACAAGGUUUAUCUCAGGUGUUGAUCAUUGGAAACAGCUUUAACGGCAUAAAAGAGAGGACCAUUGAGCGGGAGCUGAAGCGGGACUACAGUUACAUCAGUAAGGCUGUGGAUUUGUGUGAGGAGAGACUUCUUCCUUGCCCAUCUCAUCAGAUUGAUGUGUUUGGUGAUACAGCUGUGAUCACCUUUCCUUCAGAAAGCUUAAACAGACUCACACAGUCUUUUUGGACAGAGCCACCCGAGCCUCAGUACCUAGACUGCUCAGAUUUGGAAAUUACACUGAGAGAAUCAUCUCCAUCAGAAACUCUUCUGACAGGUGACUCAUAGCAGUACACACGUUUUAGUCUGGAAGCUAAUUUUAUAUACAUUCACUCCUCGUAGAGCUUCUUUUUGCAAAUGUUUAGUUACCUAAGUUGAAAGUCCUUGCAGUUUGACAGCAAAUAAAAAAGCAGCAUGAUUGCAGUUGAUAGUAGCUGUGAUAAAAUAGAAACUACAAACAUAGAAAUGUACACUGAAAUGGCAAAAGCAACAUCAGGCUUCAUUCAAAGUGAUCUGCAUUAUAUUUUUCUAUACUACAAAGUCUUAGAAAAACAAAACACGAUACUGGCUCAUCAAAAGAAAAUUCCAAUUUAUCUUUUUUUGUGUGUUAUUUUUUUGUUAUUUAUUUAUAAAUAAAUAACACAAAAAAAAAACAAAGAUAAACUAGAAUUUUCUUUUGAUGCCAGUAUCGUGUUUUGUUUUUCUAAGACUUUAUAGUGGAGUAAAAUAUAAUGCAGAUCACUUUGAAUUAAGCCUGAUGUUGUUUUUGCCAUUUCAGUGUACAUUUCUAUGUUUGUAGUUUCUAUUAUAUCACAGCUACUAUCAACUGCAAUCAUGUUGCUUUUUUAUUUGCUGUCAGACUGCAAGGGCUUACAACUUAGGUAACUAAACAUUUGCAAAAAGAAGCUCUAAGAAUUAAGAAUCUAUAAUUUUCUGCAAAAAAAAGCAUUGUGUAUAUGUCAGCUUUGUAAAAGCUUUUGUUUUUGGUUAAUGUUAACCUUGCUAUGUUAGAAGCUGCAUUAGUAAAUUGUCACAUAUAAAACUGGUGUGAAUAAUCAGAAUUUUGUGAAGAGGAUGAUUAAAUCUUCCAUGCUAGAAGAAAAUUUAAGUUCAGGAUUCAGUUUAUUUAUCAUGAUUCAACACAAACUGGAAUGACAAAAGUAAAAGAUUGACUACAUUUUUAAGACAACGCCUAUUGAACAGCAACCACAACAGGAAGGUACUGAGAGAAGCAGAGAAAUGUUUCAUUCAUUAAAAUGAAAGUUUUAAAAGACUGCAGCUGCCAACUACUGGAAAUCAAAUCAUUUCUAGCUAUUUAGUUUGUAAAGCAUCUUAUUGAUAUGAUUUCCAGUUUCUCUGAACAAACUUCAUGUUUUCUAUUCAUAUGACAGGGUUAGUUUAUUUUUUUUUUGGAGUCAACAAUUUGACUACAUAAUUAAAGAUUUAGCUGCAAGGCAGUUAAAAAGAGAACAGAUGUUUGUAGAAAGUUUAUUGUAAGCUAAACAAUACAGCAUCUGUGACACGGAAACAUCUACAAUAAAGUAAAACUCAUCCUAUUAAUGUA